UCUCUCUCUCUCUCCUCCCUCUCUCCUCCCACUCAGACUAUUAGACGUGUCGGUCUGCUCCGUGUCUGAGCCCCGCUCCUCUCAGCGUGUCAUACCCACACUCAGCACGGACAACACAACAGAGCGUCCCGGUUCUUCUCCAGCACUCAGUCCGUAGUUAACUACCCAACUUCCGCCAACAGCACCUGCUGAGACACCGGGCUGCGGACGAAGGACGGAGGGGAUGCUGCUCAACCACGAAACCUGCGAUAGAAAUUAAGUACAGCUUGUUUUUUUAUUUGACGGCGGGUCUCAGGAUGGAAGUCUCCACCGCUGCCCGUCCUCCUGCAGCCUGCAGGCCGAGCUUUGGCAGAGUUUCGGCGGAUGAGAACACCCCCGCCGCCGGCAGAGCACCGUGCCAGGUGUCGGUGAAGAAGCAGGCGGUGAAGAGGCACCACCACAAACACAACCUGAAGCACAGGUACGAGUUCCUGGAGACGCUCGGUAAAGGGACCUACGGCAAAGUGAAGAAAGCCAAGGAGAGAUCCGGCAGACUGGUCGCCAUAAAGUCCAUCAGAAAGGAUAAGAUCAAAGAUGAGCAAGACCUGGUUCAUAUCCGCAGAGAAAUAGAGAUCAUGUCCUCGCUGUGCCACCCGCACAUCAUCACCAUAUAUGAAGUGUUUGAAAACAAGGACAAAAUUGUGAUUGUGAUGGAGUACGCCAGCAAAGGGGACCUGUACGACUACAUCUGUGACAAGAGACGCAUCUCUGAGCGGGAGGCCAGAAACUUCUUCAGACAAAUAGUAUCAGCUGUACACUACUGUCAUCAGAAUGGAAUCGUACACCGGGACCUGAAACUGGAGAAUAUUUUACUUGAUGGCAACGGCAAUGUUAAGAUUGCAGACUUCGGCCUGUCAAACCUUUACCAUGGCGACGAGUAUCUUCAAACUUUCUGUGGAAGUCCUCUCUAUGCCUCCCCAGAGAUUGUCAAUGGUCGGCCGUACCGUGGGCCAGAGGUGGACACUUGGUCUCUUGGUGUGUUGUUGUAUACUAUGGUUCAUGGCACUAUGCCAUUUGAUGGAAACAACCACAAGAUGUUGGUUCAGCAGAUCAGCACCGGAAACUACCGGAAACCAAAUAAGCCCUCAGAUGCAUGUGGGCUUAUACGUUGGAUGCUGAUGGUGAAUCCUGAGCGAAGAGCCACAAUAGAGGAGAUUGCCGGACACUGGUGGCUCAACUGGGGUUACCAGCAGCCUUUACUGGCAGAGACAAAGAGCAGCACAGAAGAGCAGACCUCCUCGCCAGUCUCUACAUCCACAUCACACCCUGCGGGGCUGGCCAGCGUCGCUAGUUGGCUGCGUCGCACAUCCAGGCCUUUGCUGGAAAACGGCUCCAAGGUGCGCUGCCUGCUCCGCUCACAGGUUGGUGGAGGAGGGGACGUAGUGCGGCAGCGAUCCCUGCGAAGAUCACGAAAGGAAAACAACAUCACCCAGACCGUUCACGAAGGCAGCACAGACAGUCGUCCCUCAAAGGGGAUUCUAAAGAGACGCAACAGUGUGAAACAGAAAGCGAUUAGCGAAAGCCCAGUCACUGGUCCAGUGGAGCCGCAGAGUAUUUGUGGCUUGUCCGCACCAUCUAAUGCUCCUUCAGCUGAGUUAGUCCCUCGCAAAGGUAUCCUGAAAAAGCCCACUGAGCAAGAGUCAGGCUACUACUCGUCCUCUCCUGAGAACAGUGACUCUGGCUGGGUACUAAAAACUAAACAGUGCCCUUCAGCGCCAACCUACAGGAAGGGCAUCCUGAAGCGAAACGGAAAAUUCUCCACAGGCGGGCUGCAGGAGUUUGGCUCUCUGGACCAGCUGGCAGCUUCUUUACCGCAUGGGGCCUGCAGGUCGAGACCAAGUGGGGCCAUCAGCGAGGACAGCAUUCUGUCCUCAGAGUCCUUUGACCAGCUGGAUCUGCCAGACCGUGUGGGACCAUCCACACAGAUGGAGAAACCAGCCAAGGCCAGCAUGAGAGGGAGCGUGUCUGCGGACAACCUGCUGGAUAUCCAGGAAGAUGGGAUUCUUGAGGAUGGGCUGCGGAGGAACUGGAACUGCUGCUAUGAGUCCGGAGUGGCCGACAGCGCCUUCUCCAUCACCGACUGCGAUAAUGUAACAGAGCCGUACAAACAGGCCUUGGCUAUACGAGGCUCCGCAGCAAGCUGAAGACGCACCAUUAGUAAAGGACGCUGACGAAAGAAUUGUCUUUUUAUCCAGUAUUUUCAUUAAAUGACUCAACUACUGAAGACAUGACAGCCAAAGUGCAUCAUGCGAAACUACCAGUGCGUUAAAUCAUUUUUUGGCUUGAAUUGCACAGCACCAAAAAGGGAGGAGGCAUCUUGUUAAACACCAGAUUGUAUUUAAGAUGGUGGACAAUAAAUGAUGCGUUCAAAUAUAACCAGAGGGCACAGUGUUUUUUUACAAAACUGACGUGCCAUUGAAAAAGUCAAUUUCAAAGAUUCUCAGGAGAAGAGGGCUGCUGUUUAUCAGUUGGGAACAUGAGAGCAAAUUCACAAUGAAACCAAAACACUGGUCUGAGUUUUCAAAACUUUUACUUAGUAAAUUAGAAAACUGUCUUUUGACAGAAUCACAGUAGAACUUGGGUUGAAUAUCGCUUUUAUUGCUUAGACUGCAGAAUACUUAGUGUGUGUCGGUUCAGGUCAGUUUGAAAACUUCUUAGUUUCAUCGCUCUUUUGGAUUCUAGAUUUCUGGUCAUUGAUCACAUGUCAACUUUAUGUUUCUUUAGGAUCACAGCAAUAUCACAGGUUUAAUGUUAGGACUGCUUCAUGCAUCAUAUAAAACAGAUUUCAAUGAGUUUUAAAUGACAUUUCAUGGAAACCAAAGAAUUCAUGUUAUUGCAUCGUUUUGUUCGUCUUUAUUUAAAGCGCUAGAAAAAAGUGCCAAGUGGACGUUUGUUUGUUUGUUACAGGGACUUCAGCUCUCAGUGUUUUUAAAUCUGCUUUUUUAAUCAUUUGUUUGGAUAAUGACUUGAAUAAUUAUCAUGGCACAUUUGAGUCAUGACAAGUGUAACCAGCAGAACCGGCUUUGAGCUCCUAACCCUGCGAAGAUAUUAAGUGCACAGGUGGCCUCUGACUCUGUGUGUGCAGGUGGCGGUGUUCACAGGAGAGGUGGGGCAGUUUAAGUCCAAUUCGAAGGGCAGAAGUUGGAAUUUGAAAAACAACAACUUGCAUUUGAAAGUAAACCAUGAGCCGCAGAAAACUGGUGCACGCUGUCUGUAAUGUGUCACCUUUCAACUGAGUUUUGAGGAUCAGUCAUGGAGCUCGGGUUGAACUUUUAAUUUGAAAGCCAUUGUAGAUUAAAAGUUAACUCUGCUGCAUCCUGAUGGCUCAAACUGGUAAAACUUAUAUUAGAUUCAAAAUUACAAAUCAUGCAGUCCGAUCAUUAUGUUUGACAAGAUGGUGUAUUUCACGCCACGUUUUAAAGUUAUCUGGUUCCUGUUUUUUGAAAUACCCCCUGGUGGUCAGAGAUGGGUACAUCAGUAUUCUGCUGUUUGAUGAUUGGUUAGUACAUUGAGCCAGGGCCUAGAACAGCACUUUAUCCAACCAUCGAAACCUGAUAACCAUACAAUUCAUUUACCAGCUGUCAUUUGAGUAUUACAACCAUAUAACACGAGUUGCCCAACAUGCUGUUUUUUCGAAUUCUGAAUGUAAAGACUUUUUGGCACACCAUGAGGCUCAACCAAGGAAGUCCCUAAUCCCAACUGGAAUCUGGAGGAUUUGUAUGAGCUUUUCUUAUUAUCACAGAUAACUGGUUUAUUUUAUAGUGAUGUGUGACACAGGGAAAGAAUGGAGUCGUUUAUGUAUAAUUUAAUGUGCAUCUGGCUCUGCUUAUAUUUUUUUUUUCUCUGCAACAAAAACCUUGUUUGCCAAAGUGAACUGGCUUAUCAUUUCUAUGAGUAUGUGAUCUGCCAAGUUAUUGUGCCCGGUCUGAGGAAAUCAAUAAAAAAAAA